UAUAUCCAUCCCAAUCACACCCAACUCCCAAAACAUCCCCCUCUCGAUUUCAAACCCUAAUUCAUCAAUCUCAUCUGCACCCCCCAAAUUCUCUCAACAAACCACCACCUAAUCAUGGCCGGUGCUGCUUUAGAUAUGUCGCUUGAUGACCUAAUCAAGAACAACAAGAAGUCCGGCGACGGCGGCGGUCGCGGGCGUGGUCGCGGGCGUUCAUCCGGACCUGGACCUGCACGGCGCUUCAACAACCGCGGUGCUAACAGAUCUACUCCUUACGGUGGACCAGCUAAGGCACCCGAUGCUGCUGCUUGGAAUCAUGAUAUGUUCGGUGGUGUGGAUCAGAGUGGCAGGCCUUCUGGAAUUGAAACUGGAACCAGGCUUUAUGUCUCCAAUUUGGACUAUGGAGUUUCUAAUGAGGAUAUUAAGGAGCUUUUUUCAGAAGUUGGCGAUUUGAAAAAGUAUUCUAUAAAUUAUGAUAGAAGUGGGAGAUCAAAGGGGACGGCUGAGGUUGUGUUUGCAAGACGGCAAGACGCUCUAGCAGCUGUCAAGAGGUAUAACAACGUUCAGCUUGACGGGAAGCCUAUGAAAGUAGAGAUUGUGGGAAUAAACCUUGUGGCUCCUGUUGGCAAUGUUCCGUUGGCAAACAACCCUGGAAACAUGAAUGGUUAUCCUCGAAGUGGACAAGGUAGGAGUGGUGGAUUUGGAAGACCACGUGGUGGUGGUGGAGGGCGGGGAUUUGUUAGGGGCGGCCGUGGACGUGGAAGUGGAGGUGGAAGAGGAGGGCGUGGCGAGAAGAUAUCCGCAGAUGAUCUUGAUGCUGACCUGGAAAAGUAUCAUAAAGAAUCAAUGGAAACCAAUUGAAUCGAUGCCUGUUGAUCUUUCUUAAACGUGUGUGUGUUGCGACAAGUAUUGUCUGUAUUCUAUGAACGUCAAUCCUCUAGACUAAGGACAAAAGUACUAGGGGGAGGAUCUAGAACCUUAGUUUUUAUGGCACUAUUGUUUUUGUUUUAUCAAGUUUUAAGAACAUCACCUUAGUUGACGAGUCAUUGCAUUUA